AUGGCGGCGUCCAUGCUGAGACUCGCUGGUUCUCUGGGACGGAGGGUGAUCGGUGGUGUUGCGAGGGGAUCACAGCCUUUGCCCAGAUGUUGGUCUACACAAACAGCAACACAAGCUGUUUUAAAUGUUCCAGAGACUAAAAUCACCACAUUGAAUAAUGGACUGCGAGUUGCGUCUGAGGAUUCUGGACUGUCAACGUGUACUGUGGGUCUAUGGAUUGAUGCUGGAAGCAGGUAUGAAAAUGAGAAGAAUAAUGGAACUGCACAUUUUUUAGAGCACAUGGCAUUUAAGGGAACAAAGCAGCGUUCCCAGCUAGACCUGGAGCUUGAAAUUGAAAACAUGGGUGCUCACUUGAAUGCAUAUACUUCACGAGAACAGACAGUAUAUUAUGCAAAGGCUUUUUCCAAAGAUCUGCCUAGAGCUGUAGAGAUUCUAGCAGACAUCAUUCAAAACAGCAGCACUCUAGGAGAGGCUGAGAUUGAACGAGAAAGAGGCGUUAUUCUGAGGGAGAUGCAGGAAGUGGAGACAAAUCUACAAGAAGUGGUCUUUGAUUAUCUUCAUGCUACUGCCUACCAUAGUACAGCACUAGGAAGAACUAUCCUGGGUCCUACGGAAAACAUCCAAUCCAUAAACCGUAAUGAUUUGGUGGAGUACAUCACAACACAUUAUAAAGGACCUCGUAUAGUCCUGGCUGCUGCUGGUGGUGUGUCGCAUGAUCAGUUGCGUGACUUGGCAGAGUAUCAUUUCGGUAAUUUGCCGUCCAUAUACGAAGGGGAAACCCUGCCUCCAUGCACUUUUACAGGCAGUGAGAUCUGUGUUCGUGAUGAUAAAAUGCCGAUAGCCCACAUUGCCAUUUCUGUUGAAGCUGUUGGUUGGUCUCAUCCUGACACUAUUCCGCUUAUGGUGGCAAACACUUUGAUAGGCAACUGGGAUCGGUCCUUUGGAAGUGGUGUGAAUUUAUCGAGUAAACUUGCACAGAUCACCUGUCAUGGAAACUUGUGUCACAGUUUCCAGUCAUUCAAUACCUGUUACACAGAUACUGGUCUCUGGGGCCUGUAUAUGGUUUGUGAACCAAACACAGUAGAAGACAUGAUGCAUUUUGUUCAAAAAGAAUGGAUAAGGCUUUGCACAAGUGUUACAGAAAGUGAAGUUGCACGAGCCAAAAAUUUGUUGAAAACAAACAUGUUGCUUCAGCUGGACGGUUCCACACCUAUCUGUGAGGAUAUAGGCAGGCAGAUGUUGUGUUAUAACCGAAGACUACCAUUACCUGAACUGGAAGCAAGGAUAGAUGUAAGUCUUCUGUCCUGUAAAAACCCAGCACAUACAGUAUAUUGCCUUCUUCUCACAUGUAUUUCUUACAGUAGAAGUAUGACUGCACCUUGGGACUAG